AUGCCUUCUUACUCCGUGGCGGUUGAUGUCGGUGGAACUUUCACCGACAUCGUGCUGUGUGACACGUCGUCCAACGCCCAGUGGGUCCACAAGACCCCGUCCACGCCAAACGAUCCGUCGGUCGGUUUCAUGACCGGGCUGACCGAAAUCCUGGCGACCAACGGAGUGGCAGCAAGCGAUGUGGCGCAUAUUUUCCAUGGCACCACCAUCGCCACCAACUCCGUGCUGGAAAACCGUGGCGCCCCGGUUGGAUUGCUGGUUACCGAGGGGUUUCGGUACGUACUGGAAAUCGCCAGGCACGGGACGCCCCGCCUGGCCAACCCGAAUUCCUGGGUCAAGCCACAGCGCCCGGUCCGCCCCCGCGAUUGCCUUGAGGUGAAAGAGCGGACGGCGUUCAACGGUGAAAUUCUCGCGCCGUUGGACGAAGCGGCGGUGCGAGAGGCGGCCGGGCAUUUCGCGCGUGAGGGCGUCGCGGCCGUGGCGGUGGCUUUUCUCCAUUCCUACGCCAAUCCGGACCACGAGCGGCGCGCCCGGGAAGUCCUGCGCGAAGAACUGCCGGGAAUGGCGGUGUCCCUGUCGUCAGAAGUCCUGCCAGUGUACCGGGAGUACGAACGCGCCAUCACUACCGUGCUGAACGCCUACGUCACCCCGCGGGUUAGCACCUACAUCGACAACCUGCAGCGUUCCCUGCGGGCGUUCGGAAGCGCGGCGUCACUGUCGAUCAUGAAGUCCAACGGCGGCAUCAUCGGCGCGGAUACCGCGGUCCUGCAGCCGGUUUACACCGCGCUGUCCGGGCCGGCCGCCGGCGUGAUGGCUACCCUCCAGAUAGCCGAGGCCGCAGCGGUCGAAAACUGCAUCUCCUUCGACAUGGGCGGCACCAGCACCGACGUCUCGCUGGUGCAAAACCGGCAGCCGGGCCUGACGCUCAACGGCCGGUUGGGAGACUGGCCCGUCCAGUUGCCCAUGCUGGACAUCGCCACCAUCGGUUGCGGCGGGGGCAGCAUCGCCGAGGUCUCUCCGUACGGCAGCCUAACGGUGGGGCCGACCAGCGCUGGCGCCGACCCGGGCCCGGCCUGCUACGGCAGGGGAUCGAACCGUCCCACCGUUACCGAUGCGAACCUGGUCCUGGGGCGCGUCAGUUCCAGCAUCGCCGGCGGGCAGUUGACGCUGGACACAGAGGCCGCGGUCGCCGCGAUCGGCGAGGCGGUGGCGACGCCACUGGGCAUGGAUGUGGCCGCCGCGGCCAGUGGCAUCCUGCAAAUCGCCAACAACGCCAUGGUCGGCGCCAUUAGAAACAUCAGCGUCGAGCGCGGCUACGAUCCGCGGGAAUUCGCGCUGGUUGCCUACGGCGGGGCCGGGCCGAUGCACGCCAUCGAGGUGGCAAAUCUCCUGGGCGCGACGACGGUGGUGGUGCCCCCGCAUCCCGGGAUCGCGUCGGCCUACGGGUUGCUGGUGGCGGAGUUCAAGAACGACUACGCCAGAACGUCGCUGCAGCAACCGCCGGACUACGACCUGCCGCGCAUGGCCCAGAUAUUCGACGGCCUCGAACGGGAAGGACAACAGUGGCUGGAAACGGAGGGUGUUGCCGACUCCGACCGGCUGCUGGUCUGGUCGGCCGACUUGCGUUACAAGCACCAGGGCUCAGAAUUGACCGUCACCUAUGGCGGGACGCAGGUUGACCAACGUGGGCUGGAGGCAAUGAUCGAGGAAUUUCACCGCCGGCACUCCCAGCUGUACGGGUUUUCGCUGGAUCAGCCGGUGGAAAUCGUGACGCUGCGGGUCACCGCCUCGGGGCACCUGGGCGAUGUUGCCAUGCCGACUUUGCCCUCCGGUGGCGGAGAACCCGGAGACGCGGUUGUCGACCGGCGCCAGGUGUACUUCGAGGAAUUGCGAGACUUCGUUCCGUGCCCCAUCUACCGUCGUGAAAAAUUGCGCCCGGACGCCACGAUUGUCGGCCCGGCCAUCCUGGAAGGGAUGGACUCGACGGUGGUGAUCAACCCCGGGUGGGAAUCCCGCAUUGACCAAUACGGAAACUGCAUCAUGCGCCCCACCGGAGACUGA